AUGGGUCGCGUCAUCCGUGCCCAGCGCAAAGGGCGCGGGUCCAUCUUCACCUCGCACAGCAAGAACCGCGUGGGCGAGGCGAAGCUCCGCCACCUGGAUUUCUCGGAGCGCAAUGGGUACAUUCGCGGCGUGGUGAAGGAGAUUGUCCACGACGCGGGCCGUGGCGCUCCUCUGGCGAAGGUGGCGUUCCGCGACCCUCUGCGGUACGGGCUGCAGAAGCAGCUGAUGGUGUGCGCGGAGGGCAUGUACACGGGCCAGUACAUCUACUGCGGGAAGAAGGCAGUGCUGGCGAUCGGCAACGUGAUGCCGAUCGGCAACAUGCCCGAGGGUACGAUCAUCUGCAACAUCGAGCAGAAGACGGGCGACCGCGGCUCGAUGGCGAAGGCCUCGGGCGACUACGGCAUCAUCGUGGCGCACAACCCAGACGCGGCCAUCACGCGCAUCAAGCUGCCCUCGGGCGCGAAGAAGGUCGUGCCGUCGGCGUGCCGCGCGAUGGUGGGCCAGGUGGCGGGCGGCGGGCGCACGGAGAAGCCGAUGCUCAAGGCCGGGCGCGCGUUCCACAAGUACAAGGCCAAGCGCAACUCGUGGCCCAAGGUGCGCGGUGUGGCCAUGAACCCCGUGGAGCACCCGCACGGCGGUGGUAACCACCAGCACAUCGGUCACGCGUCGACCAUCCGCCGGGACGCCCCGCCCGGCCAGAAGGUGGGCCUCGUGGCCGCGCGCCGCACGGGCCGCAAGCGCGGUACCGUCAACCUCAAGGCCGACCAGGAGUAG